AUGACGGGAUCACUCGCUGGUGCACGAGUAAACCGCAGACACAGGCCUGAAGAGCUGCUUGGAGAAGUACUUCAGCUGAGUUUUACCAGGCGUCCGAACAGAGACGGACACAAAAGGGCCUGCAGCGCGCAGCAGAUCAGGGUCAGGGCUCCGGUGGUCGAGGAUGAGGCUGGCAUGAGCAAUACCUGCCAAAUUCGAUCAGAUGGAUCUCUGCCUCACCAGGAGGAAGACAGCCAAAUUACCUCCUGUGAUUUUGAGUCGCUUUGCCACUGGACAUUAUCACAUAACGACACUCACAGUGAUUGGCUGGUGGCGUCGCCACGGCAGCUGGAGGGCACAAAAGCUGGGAGGAUGCCAGCCACGGACCACUCCAAGGAAAGCCCCGAUGGGCAGGUCCUUCUCCUCAGCUCCUCAGCUGCUGCUGAGUCCUCUGGGAAAUGUGAAUACCACUUAACCAGUCCCGUCCUGCUUGGAAGUGAGAAGAAAUGCACCUUGCAGGUGGCUCUGUAUGAGAGCAGGCCGAUGAUGGGGAACCUCACGGUGCUCAUCAAGUCUGUUCUGUCAGAGUUAACUAUUCACUCGGAGGUUCUGAACCAGAGGAGACGAGAUAGCCACAGGUCUGAGUGGGAGGUUCUCGAAACUGUGAUUGGCCAGAUUGACCAGCCCUUUCAGGUGACCCUGCUCUACACCUACUGUGUGACGGAAGACGGGGCCAACAUGGCUCUGGACUCGCUGAACUUCAGAAACUGUGAAUUGGGUGACUGGGCCAUGGACCAGAAUGCAGAAUGUGAGGAAUCCUUUCACUGUGAAGACGGCUGCAUCGAAAAGAGCCAGGUCUGUAACUUCCAUACAGACUGUCCUCUGGGAGAAGACGAGGGCUAUAUAUGUGAUGCUCUUCCCUUUGGCUCAUACUGUUCGUUCGAGUGGAAUUCAUGUGGUUGGUCUCCGUCCAGCCAGCACUUGGGCUGGAGGAGGAUGGCAGGAGUUGAGCUUCUGAACAAAGACAUGCAGGGCGUCACACUGCAGCGCACACCAGGGCUUUUCUUGUUCCUGCAGGUGAGGGAGAGUAGUUCCCCUAAAGAAGCGUCUGUCCAGAGCUUCUCUUUUCCUCCUACAGUCUCAACUACUGCGUGCAAGAUGUAUUUCUCACUUUACAUCUAUGGAGUUUUUAAUGGUUCAUUGCAAGUUGCUGUGGAGGAAAGUGGGAGCACCACUGCAGCCGUGGUCUGGGAGACACAUUCUCAGUGGACAGACGACUGGGAGUCAGUUGCAGUGGGUUUGACUGGACUUAAUCAUGGGUUCCAUGUGAAGAUACAGGCUGUGUGGGGGGAAGGCUCCAGUGCUGACAUUGCUCUCGACAACAUUGCGAUUGGAGCAGCCUGCUUCCACAAAGAUAUCAACUCUCUCAUGGAAAUGGCUGACUUAGAUUUCUUGACCCCACUUCCAGAGCCUUCAGUCUCAGAGGCUCCUGUGAUGGAGUGGUGGUUCAACUCGUGCGGGGCCAGUGGACCCCACGGCCCCACCCAAGCUCAGUGCGACAGUACCUACAGGAACAAAAAUGUCAGCGUCACUGUGGGGAAGGAAGGUCCCUUAAAAGGUGUCCAAAUGUGGAAGGUGCCAGCAACUAACCGAUACCGGAUCUCAGCCUAUGGGGCUGCAGGAGGAAAGGGAGCCAAAAAUCACAACAAACGCAACCAUGGGGUGUUUAUAUCUGCCAUAUUCCUUCUGGAAAAAGACGACAUUCUUUACAUUUUGGUGGGCCACCAGGGGGAAGAUGCAUGUCCAGGGAGAAAUCCCCUCACCCAGAAGAUCUGUCUCGGAGAGUCAUCUGUGAUUGAAGACAACCUCAAGGUUGAGGCUAGUGCAGAGUGGGCUGGAGGAGGAGGCGGAGGGGGAGGAGCCACUUUCAUCUUUAAGAGGGAGGGCGAUGAGCUGGUUCCUCUGCUGAUAGCAGCCGGCGGAGGAGGAAAUGCCUACAUGGAAGACCCUGAGUCCAGUCUCAUCGAGAUACCACUGGAAGAGUAUGAAAACAACGCUAACGCACGCAGCACCAGCGGUCUGACCGGAGCAGCAGGUGGAGGUGGCGGCUGGAAGGACAUCCCUAGUCCUCACCUGAGUGCAGGCAGAUCUCUGGUGGAAGGUGGACUGGGGGGGUCUUCAUGUCCCCUGGCUGUGUCAAAGCUCAGCUGGUCCACCUUUGGGGGUUUCGGAGGCGGAGGGGGAGCCUGCACAGCUGGAGGUGGUGGAGGGGGAUACAGAGGAGGUGAUGCUGCUCUGACAGAUGAGAUCACAGCUGACGGUCAGAAUGGAGUUUCUUUCAUCCAUCCAAUGGGAGAGAUUUUCCUCCAGCCUUUAGCAGCCAUGGAGGGCCAUGGCGAGUGUGAGAUCAGGGUGAAGCUGAACUGCAGCCACUGCCAGACUCAGAACUGCAGACAAGAGGAAGAAACUCUCCUCAUCCUCUGUCUCUGUGACGACGAUGAAUUCCUCGCCAGUGACAACGUCACCUGUUUCAGUACAGUAGAUGAGCCUCGAGUCCAGUUGUCCACGUCACUGAUCCUGGCCGUCGUGGUCGCCACCCUGGCCAGCGGCGUGGCCCUGGUCGGCAUUAUCCUCAUGUGUUACCGCAGGAAGAACGAUCUGCAUGCCGUGAGGGGGCGUCUGCAGAGUCCCGAGUACAAGCUGAGCAAGAUCCGCUCCUCCACCAUCAUGACAGACUACAACCCAAACUACUGCUUUGCGGGCAAAGCUGCCUCACUCACCGACCUGAAGGAAGUACCACGCAGAAACAUCACGCUUCUCAGGGCUCUCGGUCAUGGAGCAUUUGGUGAAGUCUAUGAGGGACAAGUUCUGGGGAUCGGUCCCAAUGGCAGUUCUUUGCAGGUGGCCAUAAAGACUCUCCCAGAAAUCUGUUCUGAACAGGAUGAAAUGGAUUUCCUGAUGGAGGCUCUGAUUAUGAGUAAGUUCAGCCAUGAAAACAUCGUUCGCUGCAUCGGGGUGAGUCUGAACAUACUGCCCCGCUUUAUCUUGCUGGAGCUGAUGACCGGAGGGGACAUGAAAAGUUUUCUGCGACAGAACAGACCCCGCGUGGGUCAGACCUCUUCACUCAUCAUGCGGGAGCUGCUGCAGAUGGCCAGAGACAUCGCCUUUGGCUGUCGCUACCUGGAGGAGAACCAGUUCAUCCACAGAGACAUUGCUGCUAGAAACUGCCUUCUUACCUGCUCUGGACCAGACCGAGUGGCUAAGAUUGGAGACUUUGGUAUGGCUCGAGACAUUUACAGAGCUAGCUACUACAGAAAAGGUGGUCGUGCCAUGCUUCCAGUCAAGUGGAUGCCCCCAGAAGCCUUCAUGGAGGGAAUCUUCACCUGCAAAACAGAUACCUGGUCAUUUGGCGUGCUGCUGUGGGAGAUCCUGUCCUUAGGUUACAUGCCCUAUCCCUGUAAGACCAACCAGGAGGUCCUGGAGUUUGUCACUAGCGGAGGCAGAAUGGAUCCUCCUAAGGGCUGCCCAGGGCCAGUAUACCGCCUCAUGACCCAGUGUUGGCAGCACUGUCCUGAGCACCGGCCCAACUUCUCAACCAUCCUGGAAAGAAUUAACUACUGCACUCAGGACCCUGACGUGAUCAAUACACCCCUACCUGUGGAAUACGGUCCCAACACAGAGGACGACGGGGGCACAGUAAUGCGCCCUGCGGUCCCCACUUCCACCAGCCUCAGUCCGCUCCUGGGCUCGCAUCCCGUUUGCCAGGAUUCCACCUCCCAGCUUGGUUUCACCACCUUGGGCUUUAGUCCCUCGGCCCUCGCCCCGCAGCCCACCAAACCCCGGCUCCUCCUACAGAGGAUCCAACCCAUCCACCACGAAGUGACAUCUUGUCACGAGGUGCUGGAGCCGUCCUGGGCUGAGACCAUUCCUGCCCCCGCUUUGUCGGCGGGGAGCAACUGUCUCCACCCUGAGCCUCCCCACCACCGGCCCUGCUCCAGAAACAGCUCGUCCUCGGGGAGCCAGAGGCUGAAGAACAAGACUAAGAACCUUUGGAACCCCACUUACGGCUCCUGGGUCUUGGAGAACUUCAGGGGUAAGAAAACCCUCGCUCAUACUCAGUCCAUGCCGAUCUCAAGUUCCACCACCAACUCACAGACCGGCAGCCCGGCGUCGGAGAGCAACGAGGCGGUUUGUGAGAGCGCCACCAGCACCAACCUCAGUCCGACUCCACCACAGGCCUGCCAGCCUCAGGCUGCCCCGAGCACUCCCCCUCCCAAGAAUCUAGCAGGUGGUUCCAAAAAGGCUGGAAUGGACUUAGCUAAGCUCCAAAAUUUCCCCUGCGGCAACGUCAACUACGCCUACGACGAGCAGAAUUGCGAGGCAGAGAACCCGCCCCCGGUCAAACCCAAAACCCCCAGAGCCAUCACCAGCACCAGCUCCCCUCUGAGUGGCUCCUCGGGGACGGCCCCGGGUCUGGCACUCGGCCUGCACACCUCCUCAUCUUUCAUGCCCAAACUGAUGCUGAAGCGCCACGCCAGCUACGGACACGAGGAUGUAAAGAGACACGCCAAAGCUGAGAAGCCCACUCGCGACCGAGACUCUGGCUUCUCCCUGUCUGAAGAUCUCAGCGUUUCCCCCAUUUAA